AUGGAUAGUUCUGUGGCGUGGUCAGUUGCUGUUGCUGCUGAUGUUGUUGCUGAACUUAUCAACACGCCGAUCACUUGCGACAGUUUCCGUUGUGCCGCACAGAUACUCACACACACAUGCAGAUGACGAGAGGGCCUAAUUGUCCCUCACCCAGUUACAGUGCCAUUCCCAUUUCCAAUCCCAUUCCCAUUCCCAUAACGAGAACUCACCCCCUUUCAGCCAAAACCGAAAACCCCAUUCAAGGUGAGCAAUGUAAAAACUUCCUGUGCACUCAUUUAG